GUCCCUCCCCGCGGGUUUGUGGCGCUGUGCCGGGGGAGGAUGAACGGAGGAUAAAUGGUGCCCAAGGCGGACAGCGGCACCUUCCUCCUCCUCUUCCUCCUGGUGCUGAGCAUCACCAAGCCGCUGCGGCCAGAGCUCCACUGCAUCCCAGGGCAGUUUGCGUGUCGGAGUGGAAGCAUUCAGUGCAUCCCUUCCAACUGGCAGUGUGAUGGGUGGCCCACCUGCGAGGACGAGAGUGAUGAAGUCGACUGUCCAGGCUUGACAGGGGACCAGCGAACUUACCAUGGGGACACCACGCGCUUCCACACGGUCAACGUGGCACAGCCCGUCCGCUUCAGCAGUUUCCUAGGAAAGUGCCCAACAGGAUGGCACCACUAUGAGGGCACAGCCAGCUGUUACAGGGUGUAUUUAAAUGGGGAGAACUACUGGGACGCUGUGCAGACAUGUCAGCGGGUGAACGGAUCCCUGGCCACCUUCACUGCCGACCAGGAGCUGAGGUUCAUCCUGGCACAGGAGUGGGACUUGGAAGAAAAAGCAUUUGUAAGGAAGGACCAGCGUAGGUUCUGGGUGGGAUAUCAGUAUGUGAUCACCAAUCGAAAUCACUCUCUGGAAGGUCACUGGGAAGUAGCUUAUAAAGGCUCUUCAGAAGUGUUUUUACCCCCUGACCCUAUCUUUGGGACGGCUAUGUCUGAAAAGGAAAAUGUUCUUUGUGCCCAGCUCCAGUGUUUCCAUUUUCCUACCCUCCGGCACCACGGUUUACACAGCUGGUAUGCUGAAAACUGCUAUGAGAAAUCUUCAUUCCUCUGCAAAAGGAGCCAGACUUGUGUUGAUAUCAAAGACAACAUUGUUGAUGAAGGCUACUACUUCACCCCCAAAGGGAAUGAUCCCUGUUUGAGCUGCACGUGUCACAACGGUGAGCCUGAGAUGUGCGUGGCUGCUCUGUGUGAGCGGCCCCAGGGCUGUCAGCAGUACAGAAAGGACCCCAAGGAAUGCUGCAAAUUUACCUGUCUAGACCCGGAUGGCAGCAGCCUGUUUGACUCGAUGGCCGGUGGAAUGCGCCUGAUCGUGAGCUGCAUCUCCUCCUUCCUCAUCCUCUCUCUGCUGCUCUUCAUGGUCCACCGGCUGCGCCAGAAGCGGAGAGAGCGCAUCGAGUCCUUGAUUGGAGCAAACUUGCACCAUUUCAACUUGGGCCGCAGGAUGCCUGGUUUUGAUUAUGGUCCUGAUGGUUUUGGAACUGGCCUUACUCCACUGCAUCUUUCAGACGAUGGGGAAGGUGGAGCAUUUCAUUUUCACGAUCCCCCUCCACCCUAUACUGCUUACAAGUACCCAGAUAUUCAACAUCCUGAUGACCCACCUCCUCCUUAUGAGGCUUCUGUCAAUCCAGACAGCAUCAUUUGUUCCACUCCAGAUGGAGUGCUUUCUCAGGCUGUGCAAAGCAGUCCUCCAUCACUAGGAAACUGUGAUGUACCCCCACAACUUACAGAGGGAUCACUUCCUCCCUCGGUUGGUCCUUCUCCAGUGGAGCUGGAAGAUUCUGCUGACAGCAGCACCCUUCUUGUCCCUCCUGACACACCCAUAAAUGAAAACACCCCAGCAGAAACUUUGACAGGCAGUCGCCACAGCCACUGUUCCCUCAACACUAUUGUAUAAAGGAGAGAAACACCCAGCACCGCUCAGAGUUUUAGCAACUGUUUGCACAGACAAACACUUAUCUUGGCUUGAACUUCAGAAGGAAUCUCCACUUUGUUUUUCAAACACUACUUUUAUGUUCUAGAUUAGGAUCGUGCCUCUCAUUUUUUGGCUGUCUUUAUUCAUUCACUAAUCAGUUUGUCCUGUAAAUAUGGAUUGUACAACUGCUCUUUUUUUCCAUUGGCUAUGGAAAGGAGAGCAGAGAAUUCAUUUGACUUCUGAGGAGGUAAGAAGUAUGGGUAGUUUGGGUUGUUUUUUUUUUUUUUUUUUUCUUAACCUGAGAGGAAUCAAAAUCUACAUCAGAAAAAAGCUGCUUGGAUUUGGCUGGAUACCACUGGACCCAGGAAACAGACAAUGGAAAAGAAGGGUGGGGGCAAUCACUGUUCAAGCAGAGAAGAUGGAGCUUCAGGGGAGGGGCUGGGGGUCUGUUUUAUGGAGCGGGACACAUGCCACCAAGAGUUACACUGUGUCAAACACUUGGGGUUUUGAUCUGCCUUGAUCAGAGCACCAGAGGAACUGGAGAAGGGAUGGUCUGCACAAUAUGUGACCUCUGGGUACUGAGAAAACCGGGACUUGCAAUUACAGUUAUUUGUUGUUGGUAGCUGCAAAACUUCAUAUUGUUGGAUAAACUGGCCCAUGAAGAAAACUGGGUGUGUGUGAUGUCCCUUUGGUAGAACCCUCACGUGUGUUAGGAAGUACAUUAGGGAAGAGACUAGGAGCAAUUAACUUUGAUGCAGCCUGAGUUCACUGUAUGAAGCCCCUGUUUGUUCUAAUCCCAUAAGGAAGAUUGAGAUAUUUUCUUUCUAGUUUAACUUCUUUACAGUGAACGGUUGCACAAAACUGGCCUGGAUAAAAGACCACUGUUCUUGCUUUUCUUAUUGCAUGCUAUAUUUAGCAUGUGUGUUCCCUCCCCUUCAUUUCACUUCUUUGCAGUUCUACAAAUACCACUUUAAAAUGGUGAUCAACAUGUACUAUAGGUGAUGUUUAAUUCUAAUUGGACCCCUGUUCCUUAUCUCAGUCCCUUGAAUAGCCAACCCUGUUCUAGAGAUUUCCCCUGUGCCCCCCAAACCAUUUAUCCAGGUCCCACGAGGGGUUAUAAUGAGGUUAGUGUACUUAAAUCAAUAAAGCAGUUUGCUUCAGUCUGAUAUGUCAUCUUAAAUUUCCCCCUCGUAUUGAACUCUUUAAGCUAAGUUAAUUUACAGAUGGCAAAGAUUCAUUCAAUCCCUCACAAAACCCAAAGUCAAGCGCUGUUGGUUUUGAUAAUGAGUACAAAAUAAUCUUUACAGGCAAUUUUAAAUUUAAGUUUGGAUUUCAGUGUACAAAUAAUUUACCCUUUUCUCCCAUCCUCCCAUUGCUUCUGCUUCUCCUUGACUUACUGUAACAGUCAGCAGAUGAGAUGAAUUUUAAGGAAUUUGUAAAGAAUGCCUCUUGUGAGUGGUCUCCUGUUACCUUAUGAAGGGUACAAGCCUAGAGGGACAGGAAGAAAACACUGCAUGGGGGUGUGUAUGUGAUCUAUUUUUCUAGUAAUGAUGAGAAAUCAUACUUGUAUGACAAAUCCUAACCCACUGUUGUGGUUUCCCAGUGCAGCUGACUCUUUCCCCAUGGAAUAUGCUGCUACUUUCUAUUCCCUGUCUUGCCUAUAGGCUUAUACUGUACUUGGGGAUUGGUCUUGACAAUUCAACUCGUUUUGCACAGAAAACUGUGAGUUUGGUUAUUGAGGUCGUAUCUGGUGUGUGGCCAUGCAGACACUUGCAAACAGCCCUGACUCCAGCGGAGAGCGUGAAUCACAGUUCUGGGGAGCACUGCUGGCACACGAGUGGGAGGAAGCACUGGUGGGAAGCCUCUGCCUGGAGCUGUUCCACCACCCCAUCCUGCUCUCUGCUGUGCCUGGCUCCAGCAGCAGUGGUACCAAACGAGAGGAGCAGUUCUCCACCCUGUGGGAUCUCUGACUGAGUCCUCCUCCGAGUUCCAAGUCCUGGUCUAAUGAAGUGGAUGGAUAGCAGUAGUCAGAACCAUGCAUACAAAUUAUUGAGCAUUUCUGAAGUAUGAAAAUAAAGCGGGUUUUGUGCGUUUUUGAGCACAUUCAUACGUUUUAUACAUUGUAUGUACUGAUUUUUCUUUAGUUUUAUAGGUACGAGUGUGUGUGUGUGUGCGUGUGUUUCUGGCUGGUGAUGAUAUAUAUAUAUACACACACAGAUAUAUAUAUAUAUAUAUAUAUAUAUAUCUAUACAUACUGUAGAGAGUAACCUUUGUGCUGCGUCCAGCUAGGUGAAGCUAAGCACUGAGAUAGAAAUUAGUCUCUAGGGUUAAUACUUCUCUCGAGCUGGCUAAACUCUCUUGUAGGACAGGCUGUGAUAGUGUACACUUAAAUAGGAUGCAAAGUCUAUACUACUACAAUCUGUUCCUGAAAAAUACUUUGUUAGCAGUGCAAAAUAGAAAAUUUCCAAUUUCUUUUGAAGCCAGAUGGAAAAUUUGUUCUUUGUAGUAUCCUAGCGCAAUAACAAAAGGCCUUUUGGCUUGGUUCAGUCUCAGAAGCUGUAUUUUGUGGCUGAGGUGAACAGAUACCUUACCUCACACUUCUUCUAACACUGCGGGAAUCUGUUCAAUGUUUUUGUAUUUUACUUUUAGUUCUGUGGUGAAUUUUAUUUGCAAAUAAGCUCUGUUACAACUGGCAACUUCAUUGUGGCUCCUGGUUGUAGCUAUUCCAAAUGGAGGCUUCUUUGUAGAAGCCUCAGUGUGAUAUUUUCCCCAUUGCUUCUGAGCCUUUCCCAUUUGUAUAUUGGCAGGAGGCUGCUAUUUUCUCAGUUUUCCCCUAUCCUUCUUCAUCUUAACUGUAAACUAGGGAAAUUCUGCCUUGAAUGAAGCAGCUCACUAAGUACAGCUCAUUUACCUCUUGGUGAGCUUCUAAUUUGGCAAUAAAAUUGUCUUUUUUUUCCCCCCCUUUUAAUGUAGCUUUUCCACAUUGAGUACUUUCUCUUGGAGUAAGAGCCUUUGUAGCAGAAAAUGUCUCAACUACUAAGACUGCUGGACCAACUGGGGAAGAGUUAAGUUUUCUUGACAACUGUGGACUCCUCAGCAAACCUCCCUUGCCCUUGGCAAGGUGACUGGUGGGCAAUUUGUCCCAAGUGUUGAUGACAGAGUUGGUGCUUGCCCAAGGAAAACCUCUCUGGUUUGAUUGCCAUUAGAUUGAUGAGAUCUUUGGAGUUACUUUCUGCAUUGAUUUUUUUUUUUUUUUUUCCCCACUGCCAUUCACAUCUCUGGAUAUUUUUUGUAACAACUGGUGGACCCUAAAUGUCCCUGCAGCCCCAGGAGGGAGAUGGCACUGCCACAUGGUUUCCAGCAGCCUGUGUGAGCCCAGGUGUGUUUUUUGGGGCUGCCCUUGACCACAGUUGUUGUCGAGUCCCAGCACUUGGUUCCAUGCCAGGCUGGUCUUGUCCCACUGUGGCCUUGGACAGAGCUGCUCCUCAGCUUCCCCGUCCUGUGGUGCUAUCCUGAGGUCUCUGCUGUUCCCUAGGAGCAGCCCCAGACCCUCUUGUUUGUCAGUGAUGCCCAUCCACAGUCUCAGAGCAGCCUGUGGCUCUGUACUGGGUGAGUUUAGAGUGAAAAUGUUACAGGGGCGGUGGAUCAGCAGCAUCAUUCAGGUGUGCAAGGAGCUUGUCUGUGUAAUGUUCAGUCCUGGUUAGUUUGAGCCUCAGACUUCCUUUAGCCAUGCACAGCAGGACACUGAUCUAGAUGAAAAAUUAAGUAGGUGGAGGUUUUUUUCUGAAGGCUGAAUCUUAGUGACUGCUCUGCCUCCACAGGUGCCGUGGGGUGAUGGCCUGUUUCAGUACUGGGGAGAAAAUGUUUUUUGUGAUCAGUAAUUACUGUUCUUUUCCCAUCUCAUGUUAAAUAAAUUUGAACCUGGUGUUUUUAUCUUUCAGAUGUGACUUCUCAGUGGGAAAACACUGAUAUUUUAAUGUUGCCUCGUACAAACCAUGAUGUGCAUCUCCUUCUUUCAGUGGCUGAAAUGUCUUUUUUCUCCCUAGCUAAGGAACAUGUAAUGUGCAGAAAUUUCUUUUAAAUUUUCCUUGCAAGUUGGGAGCUGGACUGUAAAAUUAGAGCAGUUGAGUGUGGAGGAGGUGAAUCAAGUUCAUGUUUGCUUCUCAUGUUCCCUAGUCCCAAGCGAAAUAGGUGUUUCCUUGGAAGAGACACUUUCAGUGAUGAAGAUGCGCUUCCCCCUAACAACAGUCAGCAUUGCCUGCCUGCUACGGUACCACAUAGCUUUAAUUUUCUAGUAUGUGCCCCUUGAGUGCUGAGUGGGUCAGGGUUGAUGCCAGCAGAGGUGGCUGUGCUGCACCAUCCCUGUGUGGUGGGCUGAGGGUGCCUGGGAGGCUGUGAGAGAAUGAGACACUGCUUUUUACCUUCCUCUGGAAAAUCAUUUUAGCCAGCGCUGCACUUGCAGGCUUCUCCUGUGUAGUUGGUUUGUGACUGGACUUAACCGUGGCAGUGUAUAAAAGAUUUUGAUAUUCUGUGAAAUACCAUGUAGAAUUUAAAUUUGAUACUAUAAUAAUUGAGUCCCCGUGACACUGGUUUUUGUUUUAACUUCUUUGGGGUUGGCACUAAUCUCUUUUUUUUUUCAAGAUGCUGUGAGAAACAUUUCAUCCAAAUGCCAAAUAAAUUGUGUUCUGUAAGAGAAA